AUGAGGAUCAUGAUAAAGGGUGGAGUGUGGAAGAACACGGAGGAUGAAAUACUAAAAGCGGCGGUUAUGAAAUAUGGAAAGAAUCAGUGGGCUCGUAUUUCUUCUCUUCUUGUUCGUAAAUCUGCUAAGCAAUGUAUGUAUUUGUCCUACCUGAAGGCUGCUGGUAUUGAUAAUAGGCAUCGAAAGAGGAAGAGAAAGGGUAUAGACUAUAAUUCUGAAAUCCCCUUUGAGAAAAGACCUCCUCCUGGAUUUUACGACGUUGCUGAUGAAGAUAGACCUGCAGAACAACCUAAGUUCCCAACCACCAUUGAAGAACUUGAGGGGAAAAAAAGGAUGGACAUCGAGGCACAGUUAAGAAAGCAAGACAUGGCAAAGAAUAGAAUUGCUGAAAGGCAAGAUGCCCCAUCAGCUAUUCUACAAGCAAACAAGCUGAAUGAUCCAGAAACGGUUAGGAAGAGGUCAAAAUUGAUGCUUCCUGCACCACAGAUUUCAGAUCAUGAAUUGGAGGACAUUGCGAAGAUGGGGUAUGCUAGUGAUCUUCUUGCAGGAAGUGAGGAACUCACAGAUGGGAGUGGGGCAACACGUGCCCUUUUAGCAAACUAUGCCCAAACACCACGCCAAGGAAUGACACCGCUACGAACCCCUCAAAGAACUCCUGCUGGCAAGGGUGAUGCUAUAAUGAUGGAAGCUGAAAACCUAGCACGGUUGAGGGAGUCGCAAACACCAUUGCUAGGGGGAGAGAAUCCAGAGUUGCAUCCUUCAGAUUUUUCUGGUGUUACUCCUAAGAAACGGGAGAUUCAAACACCAAACCCAAUGCUGACUCCUUCUGCAACUCCUGGCGGUGUUGCUCUUACGCCCAGAAUUGGUAUGACACCGUCAAGGGAUUCUUUUGGGAUGACCCCAAAAGGAACUCCCAUCAGGGAUGAACUCCAUAUAAAUGAAGAUAUAGAUAUGCAUGACAGUGCAAAACUUGAGCAACGAAGACAGGCUGAUCUGAGAAGGAAUUUGAUUUCUGGUCUUGGUAAUCUUCCACAGCCGAAGAAUGAAUACCAGAUAGUCAUUCAACCGCCUCCUGAGGAAAAUGAAGAACCAGAAGAGAAGAUUGAAGAGGAUAUGUCUGAUAGAAUAGCCAGGGCAAAAGCUGAGGAAGAAGCUCGGCAGCAGGCAUUACUUCGGAAGAGAUCAAAAGUACUGCAGAGGGAACUCCCUCGGCCUCCUGCUGCUUCUUUGGAAUUAAUUAGAGAUUCUUUGCUGAGAGCUGAUGGGGAUAAGAGUUCCUUUGUUCCUCCUACAUCAAUUGAACAGGCUGAUGAAAUGAUAAGGAAGGAGCUUCUAGCCUUACUAGAACAUGAUAAUGCAAAGUAUCCACUUGAAGAGAAGCCAAGCAAGGAGAAAAAGAAAGGCUCCAAGCACCCUUCAAACAGAUCUGCUGCUUCUAUCCCUGUGAUAGAGGACUUUGAAGAAGAUGAGCUGAAACAAGCUGAUAAUUUGAUAAAAGUGGAAGCUCAGUACAUACGUGUAGCUAUGGGCCAUGAAGAUGAAUCCCUUGAUGAAUUUGUUGAAGCACACAAAACAUGUAUAAAUGACCUCAUGUACUUCCCCACUCGCAAUGCGUAUGGUCUCUCCAGUGUUGCUGGAAAUAUGGAGAAACUCACAGCAUUGCAGAAUGAAUUUGAGAAUGUGAAAACAAGGUUAGAGGCUGAAAGGGAGAAGGCAUUACGGCUUGAGAAGAAGGUUAAUGUUCUCACACAAGGUUAUCAGAUGCGGGCAGAAAGGCAGCUUUUGCCACCUAUUGAGUUGACCUUAAAGCAGAUGGACACCUCUGGAACAGAACUAGAGUGUUUCCAAGCCUUGCAGAGGCAAGAGCAAUUAGCAGCAUCGCACAGGAUCAAUGGUCUUUGGGAGGAAGUGCAGAAGCAAAAGGAGCUAGAGCAAACUAUGCAAAGGAGAUAUGGGGAUCUUGUGGCUGAGCUGGAAAGGAUACAACAGCUCAUCAUUAAUUACAGAGCACUAGCAAUACAACAAGAAGAAAUUGCUGCAAAGAAUCGAGCACUUGAGUUGGCAGAAGCUGCAACAAAGCAAGCUGCCAUACUGAAUUCUGAACCUUUUGAACCCGUGACGCCAGAUGAACAUGGAAAUUCUAUGCCAGUUGGUUCAUCUGACAAGAAAGUUUUAGAGCAGCAAAUGGAUGUUGAUUCAGAGAAGGUGCACAGUCCACUGGCCAUGGAUAAAAGCUUAACCAAUAAUGUGCCUUCUGAUGAGGGGCAGAUGAGACUUGUACAAGGUAAUGGCCAUGAAGCUUCUGGUGCUAAUCCCUCAAGUCUGGAUGGAAAUAACCAAAAUGGAGUUCCAGUUCUGACAGAGAACUCAAUAAACAGAGGAGAUAUUAUAUCUACUGUUGAUGUUGAAGUGGAGAUUAAGGUGAAUGAUGCUUCUGUUGAUGGGGAUGCUGGUGAUGUUAUUAUGAGCACAGAAAUUAUGGAUGGCUUAGCUUCUGUUGAAGGAGAGAGUAUCCUAGAAAGAGCUGAUGACUUUGACAAAGCUGAUAUGAUGGAGGUUUCUAGUGACGGGGAUGAUAAAGUAAAUCAAAAGAAGGAUGAGGGAAAAUUGCCUGUCAUUGAUGUGGAUCUUACUAACUCUGAAUAGGGGAAUUCAGAAUUGGAUGGGGAAAGUGUCCCAAUUGUUCAACAAGGGAUAGAAACUGCUGAAGAAACCAUGAAAAUAUUCCCUCUAUUCUUGGAUAAUUUCUGUGAACAAAAUGAAGCACGGCUCCAAGGUUAAUCUCAUAUGUACCUGGCUGAUAAUGAUAUGGUUGUUGCUGUAGUGAUUAAUCAGAUUUUUUCGGCAGUUUUCCUUUUCCUCUCAUGUUCCUACCAGAACUGGACAUGGAUGCCCAUCAUUUUGUUCUGUUAUGCCCAAAAGAAACCAGGUAAAGUACUAAUCUGGUUGCAUGUACUGUUCGGUGUAACUGUUGUUAGGUCGGGGAAUCUUUAUAUUUAUGAAGGAAAAAUGUUGUAUUCACUUCUCCUCUGUUGAGUAUUCAAUUAAUGAAUGGAAAAUUUUG